GUACGCAGCCGAAGCGCCGCGAGUUGACAGCGUUUCGCUGCCCUGGAUACGUCAACAAUACGCCGCGCGUUCGCACUCAAAACAAACCUCAAUAGAUUCACCUGCCGAUGAAUAUUUAAUCGACCCAACCUCAAUGGCGUAUAAAUGAACUCCGUCGCUCUAUUAAAAGCCAUAACAAUACUUUGUUGACACAUUUAUAAAACUGUUUUUUUAUUGCAAUAUAUAUUUUUAGUACAGUAUUUGAAGUUCAAACAAGAUGAUUGGGCGAAUAUUCGCGGCGAGUUCAACUAUAACGACUUCAGUUUUGUUACUACUUGUUGUUAGCGGUUCCGUCACCUCGUCCGAUGAGUCCAUGUUCCCUCGCUUCGUGGAACCAGUUCCUAAUGUAACCGUGACUGUAGGAAGAGACGCGCUGCUCGCUUGCGUCGUGGAAGAUUUGCGAGGUUAUAAGGUGGCAUGGGUUCGCGUUGACACACAAACAAUACUUAGCAUCCAUCACAACAUAAUAACGCAGAAUCUUCGUAUAAGUCUUUCCUAUAAUGACCAUCGCUCGUGGUACCUACACAUUAAGAACGUCCAGGAGGUUGACCGAGGCUGGUACAUGUGUCAGGUAAACACCGACCCCAUGCGUUCUAGAAAGGGCUACCUGCAAGUCGUCGUCCCACCGACGAUAAUCGAUAACAUGACAUCAACGGAUAUGGUAGUGCGCGAAGGCAGUAACGUUACGAUGGUUUGUCGAGCCACAGGCUAUCCGGAACCCUAUGUAAUGUGGCGCCGAGAAGACGGUCAAGAGUUUAACUGUAAUGGAGAAUCUGUUAACGUAGUCGACGGCGAAAACUUGACUAUAUCCAAAGUUUCAAGACUUCACAUGGGCGCAUACCUUUGCAUAGCUUCGAACGGCGUGCCUCCAUCUAUUAGUAAGCGAGUUGUCCUAAUGGUUCAAUUUCCACCAAUGCUGUCAAUCCCGAAUCAACUGGAAGCAGCGUAUAUCGGCCAAGAUGUAACACUUGAGUGCCACACUGAAGCAUAUCCGUCGUCUAUAAAUUACUGGACAACAGACCGGGGAGAUAUGAUCAUUUCAGGCAAUAAAUAUGUAACAUCGUUAAGCGACGACGGAUACAGUCGGAAAAUGAAAUUGACAAUACGGAAAGUAUCUCCGAGAGAUUUUUCUUCCUAUCGCUGCGUUGCUAAGAAUUCUCUUGGAGAGACAGACGGUCUCAUUCGACUUGACGAAAUCUCUGCUCCUUCAACAACUAGUACAACGAGUAACUACGUUCCAACACUUCCUCCGAGAAAAAAAGGUAAACAUAAAAAUCGAUGGCGAGACAGCUCUGCCGAGAAUAGAGUAAUCGGGGAUUAUGAGGUGGAAGAAUGGAAAGAUGUCGAUUACGAGUCGACGCAAUCUUCCGGUACAAAUAGCUCACAAGGAAUUUUAUUUUUUACCGUUUUGUUUAGUUUUUUUGUGUUAUGCAGCUGACAUGAACUUACGGAUCUCGUUAUAGUGCCAAGAAACAUCGUACUAUAAGACGAUGAAUAAUUGUCGUGAUAACAUAUUUAAUAGACGUAUCGAGUACUUAGAAAACAAUGUAGGAUAAAAAUUGUGAUGUAGAUUUAAAUUUUAUUGAUGUUUUUCAUGUCAUAUCACCCAAAAACCAAUUUCAUUUUUGUUUGGAAAAAUCCAAAAACAAUUGUAGUGUUGAUUAUUACUGUGUAUGAAAUGUUGUUGUAUAUAAUAUUUUAAGUGAAGACUGAUAGUUUUGUAUGAUCAAUGUGCCAUUCUGAGACAUAUGUAUUCCUACAUGCAUCUAUAAUAAUCAUGUGAAAUGUUACUGCAAGCACUAGUGCUAAAAAAAAUUCACUGUAAUUUGAUAUAAAAUCCCUUGGAUAUACUAUCAAAAUUGAAAUUCAAAUACGUAAUUAUUUUUAAAAACGUAAGUCUUAAAUUAUUAUUAUAUAAAAAAAUAAGAAAAUGAUUAGUAUGGCUUCUCAAAAUUUCUUAAGGACUUGUGAUCUAAAAACAAGAUAUUCCUCGAAUUGAUUCCGAAAAUUAAUAGAAAAGUAACACUAUCGCUAUUGCCAUUUCGCAACAAUUACACAACCCUCUGUUCGAUCACAACAGAAACCAUUUCGAUGCCUCCAAUGAACACUACUCUAACUCCAAAUUCGUUUACAGGAGGAGAGUUUAAACGAAAAAAGUUGAUAAAUAUAUCUGCAAUAAUAAAGAUUUUAUGGUUUUUUCUUGUGUAACUAGCUGAAUUACUCUUGCUUCAAACCUCAUUAAUAAUGAAUUUGUAAUACUUUUAAAAUAGUGAAGCGAUUUGCGUGAAAAACAAAAAUUUCAAAAUUUUGAGUUAGAGACUACUCUAACUCAAAAUUUUGAAAUUUUCAUUGGAGGCAUCGAUUUUCUAGUUCAUACUUUCAUCAAUAAUUGAUCGAAAAUGCAAAUAAAGUAUAAAUUCCUUCCGUUAUAGAAUACGAAAACUCUAGAAUUUUUGUGACUACAAAAAUACAAAAAGAAAGAAAUAGUUACGAAUCAAAGGUAUCAAGGUAUCAAAAGGUAAUUCUAAAGAAAAACGACAUGACGUAUCUACAUACAAAAAUAAACCUCGUAACAUGUUUUAAAUAUAUAUAACUUAGUUAUAAUAACUGAUUUGAUUAGUUUUUCUGUUCGUCUUUGGAAUAUUUGCAUUUUUAAAAUUGCUACAUUAAUGUGUUCUUCUUACUAGCUCAGCAAAGCAACAUGUUUCCUGAAUAUAAUUCCAUAAAGUUACGUGACAUAGGCAAUGGCAAUGGACUAUACUUUUAUCAAUAUAUAUUACCAUAUAUACAUAUAUGUUUGUCACACUUAUUAGACCGCGGUAUGCAAAGCAGGCAGCCAAACGCCAAUAUCGCCUCGUUUUUUUUUUCUUUUUAUGAUCCUUAAUUUAUUGUAGUGACAUGUUGAGUUUACUGAUACAACAUUAAAAUAAGGAAAAAAAUGUGUAAAUAUUAUAUAUAAAUACUGUUAAGACAUCUUGUAAGUUUGUUUUUGUAAGUAUAUAGGUAGAAUCGCACUGAUUGCGAGGUCAAAUAAAAUGUAAAUGUAUUGUUUUUAUGUUGUUAAUUAAAGAGCAAGCUUGAAUUGAACAUUCAAGACAAAUAUUCAUUUGUUGUUGAAAGACAGUUAAACCUGUAAUAAAGUGAAAAAUUGUUAGUAUGUGCUAUGUAUUAGAUACUUUUAAUCGAAUUGUUGUUCAGGUAUUUUGUGAUUUAUCAUAGAUGUUUAAAUUCAAUAAUGAUAUUUAUGAUAUGAAAUUCAAUAGACGCUAACGCCUGAAAAAUAACGUUUUAUAAGUAGAGUUACUUAACAGAUUUGAUCAAGACCGUGGUAAAAAAGGAAUGCCCGCAAUGAUUACUACUACUGACUUACUUUUUUUCUGUCAUGAAUCAGCCCCAUGAGCUCCGAUUAUUUGUCCAAUGAAAGCGGCGAUGUUCCUAUUCCAGUAGUUAUUGGCUGCGGUAGCAUUAUAUAGGCUAAAAAUUCAUGUUUGUAUGAACUUUUGUUUUUAUUUAUUUAUUUAUUUAUUAUAUUUGUUUAUUUAUUAAUGUAAUAUACCUACUGAUGCAACCAGAUUAAGAGCUGUAAUUAUAUGAAACAAUAUUAUAGUAUAUAUCGUUGCUACUAGAAGUUGAUGAUGUAAAUUAUGAAAUAAAUGAAUUUUCAUUAAA